UUUUUACCAUUGUUAGAAAGACAUUCACUAUACAGGCCAACGGUGGGCUUCCAUAUUAAACAUGUUUGGGAAUGUUAUUUUAUUGCAAUUUCAUUGCACCUAUAUGCUACCACAAUUCCAUAUAUGCCAGUCAUUUGCAAUUUCUAUAGCUUAGUUUUCAAGAUGACCAAAUGUAUUUAAAAAUAUAAAAAAUGUGAUCUUAAUUCAAUAGUAAUCAAGCAUAUUAAUAGUUUUUACGUGAUAUCCUAUUUUAGAUUGCGCAAGAAAAUAUGAGUACAGAUAUGCAUGGCACAGUUUUGUCAUUAUUUCGUGACCAGCAGGACCACGCUGAGUAAAAGAGCAGUUGCCAGGCAACUCUUUGUUGUCCUCUGGUCACCUGGUGUUAGCCCGGAGGUGUUGGUCAGUCUGUGUUUGGUCCGGUGCUUGGCAGCUGCUUGUCGUGCUCGGUCUUGCGUGGUUCGAGGGUUCGGGUGAUAAUAACAGUAACAUGGCACUCAGAGGAAAUGGAACGCUUAUCACGCACAACAACUCGACCUACAUCCCACCUUCCUUAAUGCCCGGGUGAGCGACACACCUGCCAAAUGGACAGAACCAUAAGAGACGAGUUGCCUACGGACAAGUAGGCGUGGAUAAAAUAAGUUAAUAGCAUGUUAUUUAUUUACUUUCUCAUUUGUAAAGAUACUGCGGCUAUGUUCCAACUUCAAAGUACUUGUAUGGAGACACAUUCGGGAAUGCCACCAUCAAAUACUUUCCUUUCAGGACUUCCACAGCGGGGCAAUGGCCUGCAGCACGAUCCCGUACAGCCGCGGUGGGAUGUUCCCGUCCAUCUUCUCCAACAGCGGGCUCCUAGUGUCGGUCCAGCGGGCUCAGAGCCGCAGUCCCUACUGGGCCCGUUUCAAUGUGAACUUCAAACGCCAGGAGACGCUGAAAAGCUUCGGAGAGCUCUCUCAGAAACACCGGGAGAGCUAUAAGGACAAGACAGGAAAACGACUUCCCGUCAAACACUUCGUCAUCCCAGUGAAAGAGAGCGAAAAAUACUUCUGGAAGCAGAUGUAAGAUCUAAAGUUGUGUAGUCAAUACAUAUUCCUGUAAUGUUUUUACAUGUACCUUUACGUGCUAUUGUGAACAGAUGCGUAUAAAACAAAAUACUACUGAUGCAACGAAAAUAUUUGUCACUUAGACUGUCAUAACUGCUUUCAAUUUUAAAAAGCACAUUGUAGGCUAUUGGCAAUGGACUUGUUAAUGCCUUGUAGUCUGUAUGAACUACAUUUAUAUAUUAUUU